AUGGGCAGCUGCAUGAGUGCUCGCCACUCUUCAUUCCAAGACAACUUCUCUUUCGCCGUGAUCGUCGGAAACCUCUUCGGCACCGACGACGAUGACGCAGUCACCGACUUGCUUUCCGGAAAGACACAAGUGCCCCUCCCGACCUACUUCACCGUCGGAACCCACGCACUGCCCGCUCGGGUCGUCGAGAGGAUCACGAAAGAGGAGGAAAUAUGCCCCAAUUUACACUACUUGAACAAGCGCGGAGUCACCAAGACCUCCGAGGGGGUUCGAAUCGCCACUUUAGGCGGUAUACUGGAUCCAGAGAUCGUGGGAGGCCAGUCUCAGGAGCAGCACCUUCCCUUUCACACACCAGACGACGCCAAGGCCUUGCGCGGCGCGAACACGACAGACAUUCUACUCACAACUAUGUGGCCGUCGACGGUAUGGAACGGGUCCAAGGUCGCGCUGCCUUUUGACACGUCCGGCGUUGUCACCAGCGAUGCUAUUGCAGACCUCUGUGCCGCCCUUAAGCCUCGAUACCAUUUCGUUCCCUCUCACUCUGCCUUCUUCUAUGAGCGAGAGCCCUUCUUCCACCCGCCCAAGGACGCUUCCGCAGAGCUCGACACUGAGGUCACGCGCUUCAUCUCCAUAGCGUCAUACGGCAACACCGAGAAAGCGAAGGCCAUGUACGCCUUCUCGCUGACACCCUCCACCGGGACCCUCCCACAGGGCAGCACCGUGUCUCCCUUCCUCGCACGAGCCGAUCUUUCCAAGAAGCGCCCGGCCCCAUCAGACGAAGGCUUCUCCCGCUUCUCCAACGGCCAACAAGGAGACAACUACCGUCCAAACCGCUUCCGCAAGGGUGGCCGUGGCCAGCGAAUGCCGCCGCCGGGCCCCGAGAACUGUUGGCUUUGCCUCGCCAGCGAGAUUGUGGCGACACACAUGAUCUGCUCCAUAGGAGAUGACACUUACCUUGCUACUGCCAGGGGCCCUCUCCCGACGCCGGACAUGUUCGCGAAGUAUGGCCUCGAGCACCCGGCGCACAUGCUCAUCGCGCCGCAGGAGCACGUCUCAUCCGUCAGCCGCGCUGCUAUGGGUCAGGACGCGGCUGACCGCACGUUCAAGGAGAUGUCGCGGUUCCGUGAGGCCCUCCAGGCGACGGUCUCCAAGAAGUCCGACCACAAGCUUGGCGCUGUUACAUGGGAGAUCAACAAGAUAGGAGGCAUCCAUGCACACUGGCAGUUCAUGCCCAUAUCUGCAGAUUUGGUCAAGAAGGGCCUCGUGGAAGCCGCGUUCCGCGUCGAGGCCGAGAACCUGAGCCUUCCUGGCCUCGUGGUCAAGGACUUCGGCAUCAGCGACGAAGUACCAGGCGACUACAUCCGCAUUUGGAUCUGGUGCGAGGACGCAGGCGAGGGCGGUGAAGACGGCGGGGCGAUCAUCAGCAAGAGCCUCCUGAUGCGGUUCGACGAGAAGGUUCGCUUCGACCUACAGUACCCCCGCAAGGUGGCUGCGAAACUGAUGGGCCUCGAGGGCCGGAUGAACUGGCGCGACUGUAUGCAGACGGAGCAGGAGGAGACGGACGACGCGGCCAAGUUCCGUGAGCUGUUCAAGCCGUGGGACUUCACGCUGACAGACUAG